ACCGAUCAGCAGCCAUGGCUAUGCUCAGAGUCUCUUCUUAUCGCAAGCUGUUUGAGGACGACAGGUGGAGCCCAAAUGGAGGAAGGCUGCAGCGUGCAGGAUGGUACCGACCCUCUGCCAGGAGUGAAGCUGUAGAGAAGUGUGGCUGUGAUACAAUAGACUUCAUAGCAGCAAAAGCUCUGAACAGAGAAGGUCUGGACCGGUUUGCACAGGAGCGGACCACCAUCGCUGCCCUUAAUGACCGGCUGGUCAAACUAAUUGAGUUGGCCCGUUGUUUGGAGGAGGAGAAUGACUCACUUGAAUGCCAAAUCACUGACCUGAAGGACAAUCGUAAUGGUCAACACAUCUCCCCCAGCAUCAGCUCCACUUUAGUGAAGCCUGAGUACAGUUUGGAAGCAGCUGCAGAAAGACUCUGCAAGCAGAGGGAUGAGAUCAUUUGUGACACAGAGGAACUGAAAGAAGAACUUAAAUCUCUACAGAAAGAUUACGAAAAGGCUGCACAUCAGCGGCUCCUUGUCCAACAGCGACAACAAGAUGUUGCAGAGGUGGUAGAUGCUGUCACAGCAGAGUGCCUGGCACUGAGGGAGCAAGUGGCAGUCUAUGAGGAACAGCUGGCCAACAUGGAGGCCCAGCAUAAGACGGAAGUGCAGAGCCUGCUGCAGCCAGAUGAAAGGACUCUGGCAGCAGCUGCGAUUAGGUUUGGCAGCCCUGACAUCACCAGAGCCUUGGAUGUAAAGGAGUACCACUGCCAGCUGGCACAGAGCCUCCAGCUGGGGUUCAGAGCAUCCUCCUCUGGUAAAGAUGAUGGACAGACGCUGGAAGCGGGAGGAACAGAUUGGCCAGUGGUCAAAGAUACAACAGACAUAACUGAUGUGGAUGAGAUUAAGACUUUGAUUUCAGAGCUACAGAAGGAGCUAGAUGAUCUUGAGAAGAGAAAGGAGGACCUGCUGGAUGAAGUUGAGGUGAAGAGGGCAACUUACACAGAAGAGACUGCAGAGUUAGAGUUUGCUAUAACAGAAAUGAAGCAGCAGGAGGCUGACUUCAAAUCCCAGAUAAAAGAGCAGUGUGAGGAAUACAAGGAGCUGCUCACUGAGAAAAUGGCAAGAGACAUGGAGAUCGCAGCCUACAGGAGUCUGAUGGAGGAAGAGGAGGGGAGACUGUGCAGCCUGUGACUUGGAAUGAUCCAAUGGAUUAUUUGGUGGAUUUUCCCCUGACAUGUAUUUAAAAACAGACCCCAAAACAUGAAAUACAGACCUAAAAAGAGCACUUUGAUGAAGCUUAUGACACCAACGUUCCAGUUUUAGCUGCUGUAUGCUUAUCGUGACAGAUUAAUGCUAUCUGGAGGCCUGAGCCAUGCCGCUGAUAACAGGUCACAUGCAGAUGACCUGGAGACUCCCAGGAAAGAUGGAGCUGUCUAAAACUUGUGGGAGGCUCAGACAUUCAAUGUCUGGCACUGAUAUUUCCCUAAGUGGUUUUUAUCUUCUCCAGCUCGCUGAUUCAUAAAAGUUUUGUCCCCUCUUUGUAAAACAAGAUCCCCUCCUGAAUGCAGAAUCGCACCAAGCUCGGCUUUACAGGGCCUCUGAUCCCACCUCGUCCGUCACUCCAACUCCGACUGAUUACCACCUCUUAACCUUUGUCCCCAUUGCCGUAAUCAAACACACUGACAGCCUCCUCCUCAGUCAACAUAAAGCAUCCCACCUUGCUUUUGUUUUUACAGUUAUGUGUUCAUGCUGCUUUUGAGUCAACUGUGCAGCGUGCUGUGUUUUCUUAGCAAAUGGCUCGUGAAGUUGUUUUUGUGUGCAACCUAAAUGAGCACCUGGAUUUUUCUGCAGAAAAAAAACUUUGAGUGAUUCAUAGUUUCCCCUUUUUGAAAAGCAGUGUCCCAAUUUGGUGUCAUUUCACCAAAAAGUCUUUGGUAAUGCAUUCCUCACUAAUCUUUUCCUUAUUGUCAACAUUGCAUCAAAGCUGCCUGU